UUCAAGCAGAAAAGCAGGAAAUGUGACAGUGUAGUUUUCCGCUUCCAUAAACAAGAUGACUGCCAGGGUUCGCCGUCGGUCCUGCGUGCCUCUGAGUACAGCCUCUCUCGGAAAGAGUCUCAGAGAAAGUGAGUGAAGCAGCAGAGAGAGAGAAAGUAGGAAAACAGGAAAAGGGACAAGGCUGAAAAAGACAGGAAAACCCAUCAGAAGAGGGGAAACACUGACAAAGAGGUUGCAGGGGAGAAGUGGGGGAACAGGAGUUUAUAAGACCGGCUGCACGGGGGAUCAGUUUCUUUUCUUGUCAUGGCUGAAAACAACACAAAUGUCAUUCUGGACAUACUGAAGUCCUUUGAUGCUGCUCCUUUAAUUAUAGCGUUCUGUGUAUCCAUCGCUGUGGGCCUACUGUUGGGUGCCACGGUUUACUUGAUCCUAACCUGGAUGUCCCGACGCAAGGCAGGCUCUGCCAGCAUCACCCGCCGCCCACCCCGCCGCUCCCAGAACUCCCCUCGCAGUCGCCCAGGGUUCAACCGCAGCAGCAGCUACGAACGUCGCAGCAACAACAGCUUGAUAAGCGCCGCCUUCAGCUUCCAUCGCCCGACUUCCUCCCCAGAUCACCUGGAUGCAGUGGGGCAUAAAUCCAGCUUCAGGGCCUCCACCUUCCAUCCCCUUAUUCAGUGCAGUCAGAUUGCGAGGGAGGCUGAGGAGGGGAGUCAGACCACGCUGCCUCGUACGCCACCUCUGACCACCUCAGCUGGAUCGGCGCAAACCGCUGCAGAGCCAGCGGUCAACCGCUCAAGACCAGAGUCGUUUUGGGGGAACAAUGGUCUGAGGGGUUUGGGUGUGACGCAGACCCCUCCUCCAGCUUAUGAGAGCAUUAUCAGGGCUUAUCAAGAAACAUGUACCUGAGAGGAGUGAGGAGACUUAAAUAACUAAGCCCUAAUGGAUUAAUUAAGUGCUUUUUCUGACUUGGAUGAUGAGAUAAACAGCGAGGAUCUAAAGACCUGCUCGAGUUUUGCAGUGUCAUUUCUGCAUCUCUUCAUUUCUUUAAUUAAUUGUCAUUACUGAUUAAAUAGAUAAUACAUGUGAAACUGACUGUUUACUAUGUAAAAACUAAAUCAUUCAUAAAGAUGCUUAGCUUAUAUUUAGAUUUGAUUCAGAGUUAGAAAUGUUUUCAUGGGAGUUUAUUUUAGUUUAUACUCAAAAUGUAGAAACAUGAAGCAUUAUUAUUGUAGGAAAUACACAUGAAGCUCAAAUGAAGGAACAGUAAGAAACUAUGCAAAAUGGCACUUAAGACAGGGUUAGAUCGGCCAAAUAGUCAUUUGUAUGAGUAUUUUUUUGCCCUUCAUGUUCUUACAGUCAGUCUCAGUGGGUGUUUAUGAAAAAUCCUAAUAUUUGUGGGUUUAGAUUACCAUGAUCAUUGAGUGCAUAUAUAUUUAUAAAUACUUGUAGGCUGACUAAAGAUAUAGAGGCUGUCUAAGAGGACAAGUUUUGGAUGUGUUAUUGCUACAGAUGCCAAUUUUUUUUUUAAUCUGUGUAUAUGUGAGAUUGCAAAUUUGUAAGAGAUAAUUGAUCAUUGACUAUAAUAAAACAAUAGAUUUUUAGCAACUACACCCUCACUUCGUGGAUUACUCAAGCAAUAAUUAGUUUUAAUUAAUUGGGAGAAGUGUUGCAGAUUCAGUUUUUAUCUAUAUUACCUAAAAAAGUUUGGCAUAAAGACAAUAUAUGGCAAAUGUUGGAGCACAUGAGGUACAUUACUUUAUAUUCUAUAAAGAAAAACCAAAGGUCCCCGUUUAUAAAAAUACUUUUCUAAGGUGGCUUGACAUGAGUGAGCCAUGCCAGACUUUGUCAAGGGUUUUCAGUACCAAUAGUUUUUCUUUACAAAUGAAUUAUUCAAAAACACAGUAUUUCACAGGUCUCAAAAGAAAUUUACAAUCCUAUAUGAUGUGAAGUGUUUCAAUGUGUUGGAUUUCUUGUCGAUAACAAACAGGAAAUGUUAUGACAUCAGUGAUUUGAUAGCCGAACCUCUGACCAAAUCCUCAAACCCAACAGCACAACAGGAGAAUUUGAAUAAAUCGCCCAUACAUCCAUCCA